UUCCCAUUUUGAGGUUAGGUGAACCGUAUACGCAAUUAUAAAUAUUAAACAAAAUAUUGCAUUUCAAUAGUCAUUAUCCAAUAUUGUUUUUUUUUUUUUAAUGUUUUGUUUGUGGUAAUGCAAUUAUCGUAAUACAAAAUGACUGUGGAGGUUCAUAUUACUGUAACACGCACGAUUAGGCCAGUAUUAUCAGGCUUAGACUUCUUAGAACAUGGGGCGGACUUCGAAGCUGCGAUUUCAGCUACCGGUUUCGGCCGCUUCCAUUUCUGUCUCCUGGCUAUCACGGGCCUCAUCUACGCCAACACGGCCAUCGGCAUCACGAUAGUGUCGUUCGUGCUGCCCGCCGCGACGUGCGACUUCAAAAUGACAUCUGCCGAUAAAGGAUGGCUCACUGCUGCCCCUAUGUUAGGUAUGGUCAUAGGUUCAUACUUCUGGGGUUGCUUGGCGGACACAAAGGGGCGUAAAGUGGUGUUGGUAUCAACGCUACUGCUCGACGGUUUCAUCGGCAUCUUAUCUUCGUUUGUCCAAAUUUUGCCUAUCUUCAUGGCGUGCAGAUUUGUUAACGGUUUCGCCGUUGCGGGCGCCAUGGGAAUCUGCUUUCCGUACUUGGGAGAGUUCCAGCAAACUAAAUACAGAGAAAAGAUCCUCUGCUGGAUGGAAAUGUUCUGGACUCUGGGUGUCAUCUUACUUCCACUGAUCGCUUGGGGUAUUAUUCCGAUCAAGGGCAUCCGCUUAGAGAGCGGCGCCUUCUCCUACGACUCGUGGAACUGGUUCGUGGCGGCGUGUGGAGUGCCUUCUCUACUGCUGGGCUUCUGGCUCUUCUCGUUCCCGGAGAGUCCCAAGUUCAUGAUGGAAUGCGGCGACUAUGACGACGCGCUUGCCUGCCUCAAGAAGAUCUACAAACAGAACACUGGUGACGAUCCGGAUAAUUACCCGAUCAAGAGUCUCAAAGAAAAGGUCAGAACAAUAUCCGUAGCGUCGCAGAGUUCUCAGAAAUCUGUCAGGAGUUUGAGCAUGCGCAAACCCAAGGACUUGAGGCGGCUGUUCAGCGAGAUUUGGGUCCAAACGAAAGCUCUGUGCCGACCCCCUUACCUCAAAUACACAAUACUCACCUGUCUCAUCCAAUUCGGAUUGACUACGAGUUACUACACCCUCAUGAUCUGGUUCCCCGAGUUGUUCAACCGUUACGAGGAGUAUGAACAACGUUUCCCCAACACGACGGCGUCCGUGUGCGACGUGUCCGGCAUCGUGGUGAAGGACGAGAACAGCUACGACCCCUUCGACUGCUUGAAGACGAUCGAGCAGAGCGUGUACAUGCACACGCUGAUCGUCGGCCUCGCGUGUAUACCCACGUCGUUGUGGCUGCCUCUUUGCGUGCAUCGGCUCGGCGCUAAGUUUUUCCUCAUUUUCUCACUGGGUGUCGCUGGUAUAGUCACAGUUGGUCUCUACUUUGUGCAGAACUCCACACAGAAUUUGGUGCUUUCCUGUAUAUUUGAAGCCCUCACUUCGCUGGCCAUCAGUCUUGUGUUCUGUGUUCUCGUCGAUCUAUUCCCUACGAAUCUUAGGGUAAUGGCUGCUGCACUUUCACUAACGGCCGGUCGAGGGGGCGGUCUCAUUGGCAACUUGGCGUUCGGUUACCUAAUAGACAUCAACUGUGUUAUACCUAUCGUGGUCUUCUCAGCGUUCCUGUUUAUUGCUGCAAUCCUUUGCUUCUUCUUGCCAAAGACAGGACAAGAAGCUCUCGACUAGAUACAAAGUACUUACUCAAUACUAGAUAGUACAACUAGAAAAGUCAGUGUAGAAGAUAAUAGGUGACGUCGCUGGAAAAAUGCGCUACCACUAACCUUCCAAGAAGCUUACAACUAUAUAAGAAUGAAAAACCUUCAUAUGAAACGAAUGAUUAGGUGUGAAAAUAAAUUCUAUACACCGCUUUGGAUGAAAAGUGGACUAAAGAAUUUAUAUGGAAAGUGCGAGGAAUUACGUCGAGGCAACAGAAUUGUGAAAGAGUUUUAUCUACAACGAAAAAAAUAUAGAUUGAGACUGGGAUUUUCUUAGUGUAUUCUGGCGGCGGAUAAAUAAAGACGUUACACGCUUAUAGUAAGCCAAGGAUUAUAGGAAGUGAAGUACAUAAACAGCUACUGGAUUAAUUUUAGUUACAAAAGAAAGCAUAAAAUUUUCGAAAGCGUUUUAUCGCGGUUCUUUCUGGACUCAAUCUUGUGAUUAAAGGGCAUGCGUAUAAAGAUUUAUUUAUCAACGCCUAAAAUUUAUCAGUGAUUAAAAUAGUGUCUAAAAAAGUGCCAUCUAGUGACGUCACGGAUUCCCAAAUGCAUGUACAUAAUAAGAUGUAAAUAUGUGGACUAAGUAUUCUUAUUUAUUGUCCGUUGAAAUCAAACGGGUUUUGGCCUUGCGCAUUGGCGUCGACGGAAACGUUUUGUCCAGGCCUCCUUGGCCUUGAGAUAGAUAACUGUCGAUCAAUAGCGGAAUUUCAUAAUAGCGACGAAAGAGAGAGCUAUAUUUUUGAUUUCUGCUCCGUUAUUGGGCGACAAUACUCUCUGUCGUCACAAGAUGUCGUUGACGCAUAGGCGUAAAGGUUAUUUCUCGAGGCUGUUUAUCUAUUUUCAAUGUGUUUAAGAGGGUAAUUAAUAUAAUUUUCCCGUGUUGUGUACAUUUUUGGGGCAGAACCCAUUUAGCUAAUUCUAGGCCAUUAGAAUAUAUUUUCGUCGAGGUGGGUGUCGCGACCCCAACCCCUUUAGCAAUUAAUUACUGUGAUUCAGUAUUCAGCUAUUGAAUGUAAGAUUGAGCAACAGUAUUUUAGUGAUGACUGUGUAAUAUAAUUGUCCUUAAAUUAUUUUAAUUGUUAUUAAAAGGUUAAUUUUGCCUUCAAUGAAAUUAAUUGUUUUAUUUGUUGUCGUAAGUGUAAUAAAAUAGAUGAUAAUAAAA